CUGUUUCCAUAAUAGUUUAAACAUGCGAGGAGAGAGAUCUUUAGUCCUUCAUUCCAUCCUUUAAUUUCUUUAUCAUCCUAUUCACUUACCUACAUCCGUUAAAACCUGAGUAUUCCUGCAGACAUUCCUGAAAUACCCGAAAUCCCGAAUCCCGAAAUGCCUGUUCCUGAACCAGAUAAGUUAGUGUUUUAUUUUUUGUUAUUUAAUAAUUAAUGUUGGGUACCUAGUUAUCUACCUACAUAAUCAGAGAAACCUGCUACUACCUGAUGGUAAAGGUCCAUGUCUAAAAUAAAAAGAUUCAUCCUUUCCUUUCACUACCUUAAAAGAUGACCAAACCUCCUCAAAUAUUUUAUAUCGGACACUUAAGCUGUAGUUUUCUUGACCUAUGUGUUUUUCUACAAUCUUACCUAUACCAUAAAGCCAUCUCCUGAUCCGAUUUAAAUAAUUAUUUUUGUGUUUAUUAGUGCAUUUACCGAAGUAGCCUAUAGGCAAUAAAACCACACGCUACAACCUAUAGGAGACGAGCAGAGCGCUCCGCUUGCAUUAUAAAAAUAUAGGUGAAGGCAUUCGACACUCGAUUGACUCAACCCUAGCAUUACCAAGCAGUUAUUAUGAUUGUCAAUAUCUUUAGGCCUCAAGAAGAGCCAAGGGCGGAGAUUAUGCAGCCCAGUAACGUCGUCGAACCCGAACAACAAAAAGUACAGGAACCAGUGCUGGACAAUGAACUAGAGGAAUUAGAAGCGCUGGAACCACUAGCAAAACGCCGUAAGAUCCGAAAAUUGAUAAUAGACAAGAAGACGAAGAUUAGUCCUAAUCACUUCCGAGCUAGGAUUGAAAAUCCUUUGGUAGAGUUGCGAUGCGAGGACAGUUCAGACGACAUAAUUUUCGUAAGAGUACCCGUGGAGGAAUACUUUCGGCGGCCGUGUCACGGUGGUAAUAAAAUAAUAUCUAAUUUUGGAGACGCUAUUUCGGUACUUUUUGGACGCAACCUUGGAGUGGUCCCGGGCCUACCCUUGGCUGAAAGAGAAAUGGAGCAAGCUGAAGCCGUAAGGAGACGUUCUCGUCGUACUACAAAAAGGACAAUGCUAGACAUAAUAGAAGAGGAGCAAGAGGCUACUGUUGUUCAAGAAAGGCCUGAAAUACAAGUGGAACCACCCAUUCCUGAAGCGAAUGUGACUACGGAAACGUUCAAAAUUUCUGAUCCACCACGUGUGAGCGCACAAGUUGACAUAGACAUUGCAGAUAUACCAACUCAAAAAGUAGAGACACUAUCGCAAGCGCGCAAAAGGACAGCAGAGCCAGAAAUGUUUGGAAGCCCAAAACAUCAACGCUCCAUGGGUUACAAAUCAUUCCGGGAAAGCCAGCUGGCUAAAGAUUUAGCAGAUAUUAACGCAGAAGCAGAGACAAAUAAGGAAAAUAUUAUGCCGCCUAUACCGGAACCGCCUCAAGAUGCUGAAUUGAUACUAUCUUCAAAGUUACAAGAAGCUGGCUUAGCUGAUAUUCCACAACAACCUAUAAUAGUCGAGGUCGAGGUUCACUCACAAAUUCAACGAACGACUGCUUCACAAGGAAGAGCUCGUGUGACUGGGAGUGAACGUUCUGAAACUCCUUUAGGCAGUCUCGACAGGACGAAGGUGUCGCUCGGCGAUUCAGAACAGACUACAGACUCGAAAAGAUUUAUACGCGACCAAUGGGGCACAGAGGGCACAAUGAUCAAAAUAAUGAAACACAUUAAGGCAAAUCUCCAACCAGUUACGGUGAAGAGCCUCCUUGAUAAGGGUCCCGUUAUAUCCGGUUACAAAGGUGUCAUAGCCGCGCGAUGUUUUACGUCUAUACUCAAACUAAAACAACAUGGCUUCGUUAACGUUACCAAGAAUCUGGAUACACUCGAGAUAAUUGAUGUUACUCUGGGACCAAAAUUGACUAGUUCCAGUGAUCAAUUCUAAGUCCAUAAUUUGUCAUUUCGUUGAUUUUUUCACUAUUGAUGUUACUCAUUGUAAUACUAUUUAUUGAUUAGUGGUAAUAAAACAGUAAUAAGUUGAAUUUUGGUUUUAAAUGAAAGAUGUUAUUGAUAUGAACAAUUUUAUUUACGAUCUGUAUAUAAUGAUAUGAUCUCUGUACACUUUACAUAAGUCAUCAACUAGAUUCAAGCUAACUAGAUAGAUUUAUGAGUAUCUUAAUUAUAGGUAGGUAAUGGCUUAAUAAUUUACAAAUUCUAAUAGUAUAAUCGAAUGCUGUACAAUUAAACAGUCGACUUAAAUAAUUAAUCUAGCCACAAAUUCUUAAUUACAUAAAAUACAGCCAUUUACAUUAUAGAAUUGGUAUAUUAUUAUUUAUUAGUAUAAUUCUUUAAGAGCUUAAUUGAUAGUACAAUUUUACACAUUAUUCUUAAAACAGAGAAAGAAAUACUAAAUUACGGUCAAUUAUAUGGAGGUUCCCUACACAGGUAAAGCAUUUCUAAUUUUUAUUUAUACAAAAUCAGUCUCCUACUAUUUGUUAAGUCCGCCGUAUGAAAUGUAUACUAGUAAAAGGAAUUAACAUAGUAAUCUUAUAACUCAAAGGCAGUCACGCUUUGUCUCAUUAGGACGUACACCACUGGACGAUUGGAAUAUGUUUAACAAUAGUAUGUUUAAACCGCAACACACAUUAUCUAAGCACUACAUUUUAUUACCUCUGAAUUUAUAGAUUACAUCAGAAACAACUUCAAGCACACUUCAGUGUUUCACAGCCUUUCUAACAGUCGUUCCAAGCUCUCACUCAAUUACAUUAAAUAAUUACAGUCUGUCCUUAUAGGUUUUAGGAAUGACGUUACUUAAUUUUAAAGUAGCUACCAUAUUUUGUAGGUAUAUCAUUUCAUGUAAUACUUUGAUGAAAAGUGGAACGAAUUAAUUAUUGAUAAUAAAUUCUUAUAAAAUCAACCCAUUACGAAUAAUAGUUAUAGUGAGUAAAUAUUUAAAUCCAUCAUUUCAUGAAUCAAAACAUCUAUUUGACUUCAUACCAUAAAAGUUGAAGCCACGGAUAUAAAUUAUAUUAAUAGUACCGAAAUUAACUCUUAAUUUUACAUCAUGCAUAACACUUAUAUAUUAGAUUCAAAACAGGUUUCUAUAACGGGGAAAAUAAAUCUCAUUCCUCCAACGAGAGGUCACGUAAUAUGAGCAUAGGAUCCAAAAAAUGGUAGUUAACAUUUAAAACGGUGACAUAUCACAGAUCACUCGAGACAUCAUAGAACCCUCGACCGUGGAAUGAUACUCAAUAGAGAAGUUACAAGGACACAGAGUGGGACGAGCGGGCUCAGGGCGCAAGCGAGUCGCUAUCGUACUCCUUGGGCUCCUCGUCGUCCGAGGGCGGGCGCUCGCCGUAGUUCAUGCUCUCAAAGUAUUGCUGCGGCUUACCGUUCCACAGCGAGUCGUCGCGCGACGCGGGCGACACGUGAGACACCUGCGACACUAGCGAGCGCAGCUUGGCGUCCACCGAGUCGGCGCGCUCGUACAGGAUGGAGCGCGACAGCUCCAGCGCCAGGUUGUGGGGCGAGUAGGGCGGGUAGGGCGCCAGGCCGGCCGGGUAGGGGGCCAGGCCGGCCGGCAGCGGGCGCGCGCGCGGGAACAGCGGCGCCAGGCGGUCUGCGCGCGCCACGUACUCGGCCGCCAGCGCCGCCACGCGCCAGCGCUCCGACUCGUCUUCGUUUCUCUGUCGAAAUGUCCAACGUUGUUACGUACACCGGACGCUCGUUAAACGUCGCGGUGCUGCCCCUGCGGCCCGAGCUGUCGAUCUAACCUUUAAUGAGUGUCCGAGUCCGCCAAGUGCCCGCGAGCCGCCACUAGUCAUCCUCCACGGUUCCGACUAAAUGCAUACGAACUUGUGUGCAAGCCAAAUACUUAAAUUGCUUAGUUUUAAAAUAGUAAGAAAUAAAUUAGCAUCAUUUAAAUUAAUAUAGUGAAAUACAUUAAAUACUAGUGAGAAUGACUACUGACGACUUGGUGAAUCGAAUAAUAAGAUACAUAAUAUAUACUGCAAUUAAUUUUUGUGACGUCUAAAACUAUCAUCUCCACCAUGUCAAACAUGAACUACCGGAUAUUAUUAUUUCAUGAGUCCAACAUCUGUGCAUAACUUUUCACUCUAUUAGUUACCAAACCAAUUACCAACAGUGUAAAGGCCAUGUGAGAGCAUCAGUUUUUUGUGUGAUUAGCCAAUUAUUUUGUGCCAUUAUGCCACUAUGUCAAUACAAACAUACAAAUAAAAAUACAAAAAUCAUAAAUAACAGAAUUAACACAUAAAAUUAACAUGUAAUGUGUCAUAAACAGUGAGUACUGGCGAAAAUAAUUAUACAAAUUAUAAAAAAAUGUAUUUUUAUCUUGCACUUACCAUACUAUAGUCUUCAACAAUGUCCAGAAGUAAUCACAAAAAAUGUUAAAAUGUGCACUGAAUAAAUAACACUUGAAAAUGUUUAAGUUUAAUAAUGGUUUUAUAUAAGUUAAAAUUCAUAUUUUGAUAUUGUUGGUAUGUAAAAUCCCACGCCAUAUAAAGGUGUCGCACAAACGAACUGUGAUUAUUUAUUGAAACAAAAAGGAAAUAAAAUGUACGAUAAAAGGAAUUUCACUAGUUCAGAGUACGACAACUUUUACAAACAAAAUGUGUCAAUUUAUUAACAUGAUGAAUAUGUGGGUUAGGGACACAAAAAUCCAACCACAAAUACUUUGAGCACAACAUACUGGGAUUGAGCUAAGUUUUUCAAACUUCGUAAUAAACACGUAUGUUAUCAGUAUUUAAGGAAAGAUUUAAAUGUCACUUGAUUUGUCGCUAUAGUUAGUGACGAGGACACACAAUCGUUAGCACAUGCUCGCCUACACUACGGACCGACUCGCUCUACGUCAAAUUAAAGGAAACUAGAAUCGGGGCGGACCCCGGCUUUUAAAGUAAACCGAAGCGAAACGAAACGACGGGGAAACAAAACUUACGAUCGACAUAAUGGCAUGCGAGAUGCGGCCCGACUCGACAAGCUACGAGAACGUCAGUCCGGCGCGCGCGGGCACUCACGCUAUGAGCCGGAAUCUUUCGGAAAGAACCACGCGUUCCAGAACGAGCGCGCGCGCACCUUGGGGUCGGGCGCCGCCGCGCGACGCACCGGCACGCCGCUCUUGGGUUCGCGCUCCUUGCGGCCCGCGCCCGCGCUCGCGCCGCCCAGCGUCGACCCCGCCGAUCGCGCCGACGCCGCUGAGCGCGCCGACCGCACCGAGUGCGCCGACGGCGGCCGCGCCGGGGUCGGCCGCGCCGUGUGCAGCGGGAUGCGACUGGGCCGGCGGCGCGGCGUGUCGGCGAUGCGGCAGUCGGAGUCGCGUCGUCCGGCAUGUGUAGCGGCUCCAUGUCUCGCAUGCUGCUAUGGUCUCGCGCGGGUGAAGCGGACCGAGCGGGGCUGCGACGCUUGCCCUCCAGCUGUCGGACGCGAGCACGCGCUCCUUCUAAUUCGAUACUUUUCUCCUCCAGCUGGAAUAUAAUUAACAAAAAUUAGUCUCAUUCCCAAAUAUGUUUUAUUUGAUUUCGGUUUGUAAUUUUUGUAGUAACUAGGUGGUACAUUAUUUAUAACAAAUAGUACCUACCUCCUUCUAGUAUCUUAUCAUAUAACGGCAAAAUGGGGGUGAAUAGCGUUUGGGCGGCGAAAAGGUACAGAAGAAGGUGAAUAGAUAUAAAGAAAUUCUUCAUAGUAUCGAUUCACCCCCUUCUGUCCCUGUUUACCUCUCGAUCCCUAUUCACCUCAUUUUACGGAACGUAUACGAUUUUGCAAUUUUGGACAUAAAUGUUACAUUAUUGUUACAUAAAACUCACCCUAAAUUUGAGGUCUUCGUUGAAGUCUCGAGCUCGCUCCAGUCUUUCUAACAGCACUGUGCGCUGCGCGGCCGCGCGUCUCAGGCGUUCGCUCAAUA